CCUCCGGAGAGCUGGCGGGGGGCGGGGGCGCGGCGCGCCCUCUCCGCGGGCUGGGCUGGGCGCGCAGCCGCCUCUGCCGUCACCCGCGCGGCUCCGCGUCUGCGAGGCGCCCGCCUGGCUGGGCACCGAAGAGUGAGCGCAUGGGGGGCGCGGGCGAGUUGGGUCCCCGCGGGGCGUCAGGGGAGGCCUGCCCUAAGGAUGCCGAGUGGCGACGUUAGGGACGACCGCGGCAAGUCGCGGCCGCAGCCUCGCCGCGCAUUGUGGCAGGCGGGACAGCCGCCGCGCGCGCCGCGGCUCGGUGUGGGCGGCCCGGCCCCGGGGGUGGGCGGGGCCGGGGCCACAUCUGGACCCGACGUCAGCCCCCAGCCACAUCCUGGCGGCGCAGGUUACAGGCGGCGGCGGCGGCAGCGGAGAGCUGCGCACGCGGAGGGGGCGGGGAUCCCGGAGCGCGCAUCGGCGGGGUGGAGCGGUCACGCGCCCACGCCUGGGGAGGAGGCGUGGCCGAGGACAAGGGCGGACGCCAUUGGCCCUCAGGCCCCGCCCCCCCGCCGUUCUGCUACAGGCCUAGGCCAUCACCAUAGAGGGUAGAGACCGGAACCGAUCGCAGCAAGCCCCUGACCCGGGGAGACUGGCCGGCGUCUGCAGCUCUUAAUGGACGUUCAAACAUGUCAGCUGCCCGCGGGGAGCCUGGAGAGGGAGGGCAGCCCAGGCACUGGAUCCCUGCGGACCGGAGAAGAGGGGUGGGUGGGACAAAGUCAUUCUGCGCACAAAAUUAAUAGCAGCCAUUCUCACAGAAUUAAUUUGGGGCCUGGGUAGAAAAAUCUCUUUCCAGGUCACUAAGGAGGAACGGAGACAGGCAUUCUGCGUUGCAUGUCAUGGUGACCUGUAAACUGGUGUGGACGUUUGGGCGCCCUGGGUAUCUGUGACUAAAACCCUAAAGUUCCUUCUCACUGGUGGAGUCCGUGCCCCCGGGAAGACCACACGGCAUGCUAUUUGGGGGGGGGGGCUCUGUACCAGACAGCUGGGUCAGGUUCCUCUAAGAUGGUCUCCUAUUGGCAGGAAGUAGUCAUUCUUCUCCCAGGUAGACUGUGUUGAUGACAUUUAAGAGAUUUGUGUUCUGACCAAAUAAUGAUUCAGAAUGUUCCUGCAGUCUCACCACAUGUCACAAUCAGUCACUUCGUUAAGGAUGGAGCUGGCCCUACGUUGACUUACCAGCCACCCAUCCCCUCCCCAUCCCUCUCCAGCCAGCAGUAUUCUGCCCAAGUCUUCGAGGUACCACAUCUCUCCACUUUCUCCAUGAUCCCUCAGGACACCCCAGCCUAGGACACACACCUAGGAGUAGGCACCCUUCUAGACAUUAGGCUUUGACCAUUGACAAGACACCUGCCCUGGGUGAGGGGAGGCAGGCCUGGGUCAAGGGUCAUCUGCACUGACACAUACCCCACCCCCAUCCACAGCCCGAAACAGCCCACAGGCCUCCGCCUGGAUGCAGCCUCUCUGAGGAUUUUGGCUGUGCCCCUGUGGCAUUCUGGAGGCAAAACUCAGCCCCUUGGUUUAUUUCUCAGGCCUUUAAUGAUUGUUCAUGGGGACUUCCCUGGUGGUCCAGUGGUUAAGACUCCACGCUGCCAAUGCAGGGGGCCCGGGUUCGAUAUCUGGUCAGGGAGCUAGAGCCCACAUGCAUGCCGCAACUAAGGAGCCCACCUGCUGCAACU